AUGCGAAUUGAGGAGUUAGAGUUGUGUGUAGGCUUCAGAUUGGGGGGAGUUUAUUUUGUUUGUGGUUGGGGUUCAUCGGUUCAUCGCUAUGGCAGAAAGCAAUGUUUCCAAGUCAGGACAAAACUUCGCCACUUUACUGGUGCAAAGAUUUACCUUGGUAGGGGUAUCAGGUUCGUUCGCUCUGAUUCUCAGGUUUUCCUGUUUGUCAAUUCAAAGUAUAAAAGGUAUUUCUACAAUCGUUUCAAGCCCUCAAAGCUCAGCUGGACUGCUGUGUACCUGAAGCAGCACAAGAACGACAUUUUGGGUGAAGCUGUGAAGAGGAGAAGGGCCACCAAGAAACCUUACUCAAGGUCUAUUGUUGGUGCAACUUUGGAAGUUAUUCAGAAGAAAAGACCUUAA